UUUCUUUCUUAUUAAGGUGAUAAACCCACAAUAAUGGAGGACAAAUGGACAUCAGAGACUGUAGAAAAUCAGAAGGGAAAAAACAAAGAUUUGGGAACAACAGGAGUCCAUCCAGAUGAACAGCUACAACAGUAUAAGACCAAAAAACAGAGUAAUCUAUUUAAAAGACUUCAUCUUGAAGACAGGCACCACAAUAAUCUGAGAGCUGAAGAUGUUCUUCUGAUAACUGAGCAUUCAUUACAGUCUCGUGAGUCUUGUGCUGAGGAAGAGCUGAUUCAGACUUACAUUCAGAAACUACUGAUGAUGGACUACAGAGCAAGAUAUAUUCAUGCUAAAGUGAUCAAUGAACGACAUCAAAUAAAACAAGAAGACAAUGAUUCAUCUGAGAGUGAUAUAUUUGAUGAUUUUUUUGAAAACAAAAGCUUGUAUCAUGAAGGAACAAGUCAAUCUGACCUCAUUCACCCGAUGGAUGUUCAGAUGGCAGUGUUUCAUUGUGCUGAUGGUUUUCUGAAGCAGCUGAUGGUCACUAAACUGUCCCAGUGUCAGUAUGCUCUGCCUCUGCUUGUUCCUGAUCCAUUCACACAACAGAUUGAGUUUCCUCUCUGGACAUUCAGACAAAUCAACAAGAGCUGGAAGAUGACCAACACCAACAAUGAAAUCAUCAGUCAAACACAGUCCAUCUACAAGGCAGAAACUCCAAUGGUGUUUUUCUUCAGGUUUGGCUCGGUGUCUUCAUCCAAGUCUCAGCUGAUGAACCGUCUGAUCAAUGAGAAACACAACACGUUCUUCCACAGGAACUGUCCGGGCAGCAGCAAAAACAGAGUCCUGAUGGAUGGAGUGGUGGAGAUCACCUGGUUCUGCUCUCCUGGAAGAGAAACAGAUAAAUUCACUGAGUGUGUAGCGUUCUGUAAUCUACACGGUGACGCAGGAGACCACGAGAAACAGCUACAGAUCCUCACUGAAAUGAGCUCAGUCAAUGUUGUUGUUCUACCACGACUGGACAGGAAUGACAAACAUGCAGCAAAUAUACAAAACCUGUACAAAGACAGAAAGCCUCUCAUUUGUCUUUUUACUGAGGAUGAAUCUGCUAUAACUGAGCCGAAGAAAGGGAAAAUCAAGAUCGGUCUGAAAGACAGAAAUCAGUCAGAUGUAUCUGGAGAAAUCAGAAGAGCUAUAAAUGAUUGUCUCUCAGAAUCAUCUCACACUUUCAGACUUAAAGAUGUGUCCAAACACUCAGACAUCAGAGUAGAUGAGGAAGAUGAUGAUGACUGCAGGAGAGGAAGAGAAGCAGCACUGCAGAUGAUGAGUUUACUGGAGAAGAAAGAUCUGACAAAAGUCAAAAAGUUAUUUCUGCCUCAUCAGGGGAACCUCUGGCAUCAGUGGAGUCAGAAGAACAAAGAACUACAUCGACCUCGAGGAGAUGAGAUAGAAAAGGAAAUAUGUGAAAAACAAGAAAAAAUGAAGAACAUCCGUAAACAGCAACAUGGAACUGAAAUAAGUCAGUAUAUGAAGCUCUUUAUUAAAGAAAUGAUCUCAAAUGCUGUAUGUGAAAAGUUGUUUUUUCUUAAAUGGCUCAGAAUUCUCCUGGAUGAACAUACAUCAGCUGAUCUUUCUGCUUUACAUCACAAGUAUGAUGAAAAGUGGUCAACAGUCUUGAAACUGAAAGAGAACAAUGAUAAACCUGAACAACUCAAAGCUGAACAAACUGAACUUGAGAGAAUAUCUGAGGAACUUCAAGCUGCAUCCUUUGGUUUGGAGCACGUCAUGAGGGAGAUCGGUCAGAUCUAUGAAUCAUGUUCAUCUGUGAAGAAGAACAAGAAAGACCUGCAGGUUCACUUCUCUUCUCUCCCGAGUAUUGCAGCUGAGAUGAUGAUCUCUGGAUCUCCACUGGAGCUGAUGGAUGGAGAUGCUUGUCAUGUUCCUGUGAUCUGGGUCUCUGCUGUUCUAGAUCAACUCGUCCAGAAACUGGGAGACCAGAGAGUCUUUGUGCUGUCAGUUUUAGGGAUCCAGAGCUCUGGGAAAUCCACCAUGCUGAACUCCAUGUUUGGACUUGAGUUUGCCGUCAGUGCUGGCAGAUGCACCAGAGGAGCUUUCAUGCAGCUGAUCAGAGUAUCAGAUGAGAUGAAACCACAGAUGAACUCUGACUAUAUUCUGGUUGUUGAUACUGAAGGUCUUCGAGCUCUAGAACUGGCUGGAAGAUCAACAAGACAUCAUGACAAUGAACUGGCCACAUUUGUUGUUGGUCUGGGAAAUCUCACUUUGAUCAACAUCUUUGGAGAAAACCCAUCUGAGAUGCAGGAGAUUCUUCAGAUUGUUGUUCAGGCCUUCAUGAGGAUGAAGAAGGUAAAUCUGUCUCCCUGCUGUGUGUUUGUGCAUCAGAACGUCUCAGACGUGACAGCUGGAGAGAAAAACAUGGAGGGAAGGAGACGACUGCUGGAAAAACUGGAUGAGAUGACUAAACUUGCUGCUAAAGAUGAAGUCUGUAAUGCAGAAUGUUUCAGUGAUGUCAUUAGAUUUGAUGUUCAAAAAGAUGUGAAAUAUUUCGUUCAGCUCUGGGAGGGAAGCCCACCCAUGGCUCCACCAAACCCAAACUACUGUGAGAAUAUUCAAGAACUGAAGAAAACUAUUAUGUUUCAUGCCUCAAACUCACAUGGAAUAAUGCUGAAAGACUUAAAAGACCGUAUUAAAGAUCUCUGGGAGGCUUUACUGAAUGAACGAUUCGUCUUCAGUUUCAGAAAUUCUCUGGAGAUUUCAGCUUACAGGAAACUGGAGACUGAAUACAGCAAGUGGUCCUGGAGUCUUCGCAGAGCCAUGAUGGAAACUGAGAACAAACUAUACAACAAAAUAGAAAAUGAAACAAUUCAUGAGGUUGAUGAAACUGAUCUUCAAAAAGAACUGAAAAAAACAAGUGAAGAAGUGAAAAAAUCAAUGACAGAGUUAUUUGAGAAAGACAGAGAUAAAGAUAUACUGAUUCAGUGGAAAACAUCAUUUGAAAUCAAAAUCAAAGAGCUUCAGAAAAAUAUUGUGAUAGAAACAAAGAAGAAAUUAAAUGAGGUUCGUCAGCAGCAAAGCUUGAAGAAAAAGAUUGAUGAUCAGAGGACACAUCAUGAAAACACUCUCUUGGAAAAAAGCAGACAACUCGCCUUAAAACUCAAAGACAAAACAAAUGAUAAAGAAACACUGAAGAAAGAGUUUGAUGUGUUUUGGGAGCAGAGUGUGAAGAAGAUCAUCAGAGACACUCCUGCAAUCAGAGACAUUGAUAUAAUGAGAGAUGUGAGAAAUAUCCUCAGUGACAUCUAUGAAAGUGCUCCUGUAGAUCACUUGAGGAAGAGCAGGGAUAUUUUCACUGUGUCAAGUUAUUCAGAUUAUGUUCAGUUAAAAACAUCCACUGGAUUUACAGAAGCUGUUAAACAUUACAUCAGGUUAACUAAAAAGAUGUUUGGUAAUAUUCUGUCUCCAGAAGAUGAAGCCCAAAUCAGAUCAUUUGUUGCAGAUGUUUCUCAGCAGACAGACAAAGAUAUUCAGUCAUUUAACAUCUCAAAAUUCGGCUACAACAAAAGCUUCAUUCAAAAAAUCAUAGAUUACAUCACGGCAAGAAUAACACAACAUGCAGAAGAACAAGUGAAAUAUGUGUUCAAGAAUGAAUUCUUCAUGGAUUUGGUUCUGUCCAUCUGUCAGAGAGCAAACAAGAAGAUCACUGACCAACAUAAACUGUUCACAGAAGCCAAUGAUCCUGUGAUAUAUAUUGAGAAGAAGAGAGGAGAGUACUAUAGUAUCUUCAAGAAAUACUGUCAUGGAGCAACAUCAGCUGUUAUUUUUGGAGAGAUCAUCUGUCAGAAACUGAAAGAGCCCAUUGAGCAGAGCAUCUACAAGAAGACUGCCAGAGAUCUGAUGGAUGAAAUUAAAUCAAACUGUCCAUCACUGAAUGGAAACAGAUCAAAUCUGGACAAACACAUCCUGAAGACACUGGCAGAAGAGGAGAAUUUUGACAAAUACAUGAACUACAUUCAUAAUCCCAGAAAUCACUUCACGAGUUUCAUCAGAGAUGAAGUCAAUCGGUACAUCACUGAUAAGUUCAGUCUCAGUGUUUUACCCAAGAUGAAGCAGAACAUCAUACUCCUGCAGCAGAAGAUCAUGAAAGCAGCUCAUGAAUCUACUGAACAUGUUCAAGUGAAGAGUGGAGAUGUUAGUUUGUGGUUGAAGAGUUUCACACAGCAGCUCUCAGAUGAGCUGAUCUUCUCUGAGAAAGACCUCAGUGGAGUCAAACAUGAUGAUGUUGAGGAUUUCAACCUCCUAGAAAAGGUGAUAAGAGAUAAACUUUCUGAUAUAAUGUCUGACAUCAGCAGGAGAUUCAAGACAGAGACAUUUCCAGUAAAGCUAGACUAUAAGUUCAGACCAGAUGAGAUUCUGAUUGAUCACCUCUGUCGGUGCUGUUGGGUUCAGUGUCCGUUCUGUGGAGCCAUCUGCACAAACACCAUUGAAAACCAUGAAAACAAAAAAGAUAAAAAAGAUCACGCUACUCCUUCCCAUCGUAAUAUUGGACUGAAUGGGUGGUAUUACAGAGGAACAACAAACUUGGCUAUUAACAUCUGUACAUCAUCUGUAGCAAGUAAUGUGGAUUUUUAUCCUGGUGGCUCAGAUAAGUCAGUCCCCUGGAAAAAUUACAGAAGCGCAGGAGGAGUUUAUGCAGACUGGAGCAUCACCCCUGAUCUCUCUGAAGUGCCCUACUGGAAGUGGUUUGUGUGCAGAUUCCAGAAAGAUCUGGAAAAGCAUUAUGAAAAAACAUUCCAGGGUCAUGGCAAAAUUCCGGAUCCAUGGAGAAAGUACACAAAACAAGAUGCAAUUCUGAGUUUAGGUUAGUGCUUUAUUAAUAAUAUAAACUAAUGGAAGAGAUAAGGCAUAACCCCCCUUUUAGACUACUUAUUCACAGAACAAUAUCUAAAAUAAAAGCAUGCAGUUUCCCUCUACAGAACAUUAUAAAAAUACUCUAAAGCUGCAUCUGAAAUCGGUCACCUGUUCACACAUUUAUUAUUUUCUAUAUGAGGAAUGGAACUUAGUGUACUGUAGAAAUG